UUGAGUGAUGACGAAUGCUGUGAAAGGGACAUCGUUUAUUGCAAGUUGGUCUAACCUGACACGAAGUAGAAAGUAGUAUCCUACUCAACGUUGAUAGUGUUCCGUGCGCGAUUUGUUUAGACUGCUUUGGAGAUCAUCAAGCGAUUUUAAGUUAUCCUGAGAAAAUGCCAAAGAAGACGAGUAAGAAUUCUUGGGGUGGACGUAGGUUGGACAACGCUGAGGAUAAGCAUUUCUUUGGUCAUGAUGAUAGGUCUGUCCGUUUAGAUGGUACAAGGCCGAGGGUAUCAUUUAAAAAUCAUGCAAGACCUAUUAGAGAUAGACAAAGAUAUGCGGAAAUGGCUAUCAAAAAUCAUUUGGAUGAUGAUAUAUUAAUGGCCCUGGGUGCUAACAAUAAUAACAAUGGAAGGCAAGUAAUUAUGAGAGGAAGGGGUCGAGGUACAUCACAAGGAAGAAACAGCCCAUUACCUCCAAGAGGAUUAAGAGGUGGAAUGCUUCAGAGAUCAAGACCUAUGGGUCUUGUAGAGGCCAAUUGGUACAAAGUUCUUAUACCAUAUGGCCAGAAAUAUGACAAAAAAUUUGUAUUGACAAGUUUACAUGGUCUGAUGGCACCAGAUACCUUCGUGCCUAUAAUGUACAAAGUUGUGGGAAACGAUGCUGUUUUUUAUAUUGAGGACUUUAAAAUAGCUAACAAGUUGUUAAACUGUGAUAGAAGAGUAACCACAAGCGAUGGCUUUAAACUGCAUGUUAGAGUAAAGCCAGGAUAUCCACAGUGUGAUGUUGAUGAAUCCCUGAAGGCACGAUUAAAGCUGGCAUUGGUUAAACGAUACAUACCAGAAACAAAAGCCUUAGAUUUGUCAAAAUUUCAUCAAGACUCAGAUCUUGUGGCAGACUAUUUUUGCGCGUUAUUCCGUGCUCCCAUAUUAAUGGCUGUACUAGAUAUCGUUUCCGAAUACGUCCCUGAUUUGGAGGCAUUAAAUUUAGAUGGGAACAAACUGAACAUCAUUGAAAGGCUUAAUGUCUUGCAUAAGAAAUUCUCUUGUCUAAAAAUUCUUUAUAUAGGGGACAACAAAAUAAGAGAGAUGAAUCAAUUAGACGUGAUCAAGGACUUGAAAUUGGAAGAGUUCAGAUUAGCAGGUAAUCCAGUCUGCUUCAAGUACAAAUCACGACACGAUGACUACGUUAGUGACGUGCGAAAAAGAUUUCCGAAACUUCUAAAACUGGACGGAAAUGAAUUGCCACGACCAAUCGUCUUUGAUGUUGCGGAUGAAGGAGUUAAAUUACCACCGAGUCAACGAAUGUUUGUUGCAAACGCCAAAGCUCAAGAGAUCGGUGGGCAAUUUAUGCAACAAUUCUUCCUCAUAUUUGACAGUGAAAAUCGUCAACCAUUGCUGGACGCGUAUCAUGAGCAUGCGUGCUUCAGUAUGACAAUCUCUUGCGCUAACAAUGCAAAUAAACUAAAUAACUAUCUGACUGAAAACAGAAACCUACGUAGGUUAAAUGACACCAAUAAAAGACGAAAAUUAUUGAAACAAGGAAGACUGCCAGUGGUGUCCUUCAUUUCUCAAUUGCCACGAACUAAGCAUGAUCUCAAUAGUUUCACGAUGGACAUCAGUCUGGUGACGGAAACAAUGAUGUUGAUCACCGUGACAGGAUUGUUUAAAGAGUUGGACAGUAAGGAGGAAUUUAUUCGGUACUUCAACCGAACCUUCGUAAUUGUGCCUGAAGGAAGCGGAUACUGCAUUCGUAAUGAACAAUUGCAUAUUAGUCAACCAUCGGAAAUGCAAGAGAGGAAAGCUUUCUUAGAACAGUCGGUGGACGUGUCAGGGUCAGUUGCAUCUGGGUCAGCAUCUUCAUCGGCAUCGAGUUCAACAGUACCGGUAUUGUCCCAAGUCAUGAAAGAGCAAAUGACAAUGACACUCAGUCAACAAACAAACAUGAACUUAGAAUGGAGCUUGAAAUGUUUGGAGGAAGUCCAAUGGAACUUUGACAAAGCACUGUCAACGUUUCACGAGUUUUAUAAGCUCGGUCAAAUUCCACCUGCGGCGUUUGAAAAAUAGAUCAACGCAUUUAGAAAAAUGUCUGUAAAGUUCCAUGGCCACGUUCAUGUUUGUUCACACGACUGCGUGCUCAAUAUUUUCUUCGUUAUUUUUUUAUUUAUUUUUUUUCUUUUUAUUACAUCAUAUGUUGAAUUCAUGGUUGGACGGCGAACAUAGCGAUUCAUUUUCAUUAUUUCCGUUUAUAAUUUAAAGUGAAAGAGGUAACAUUCAUAUUGCUUAUAAACUUUAUAGAAACGCGAUUUUCGCCAUCCAAUUUAUUUGACUCGAAUUAAAUAUUAAACACAAUGUCUGUUGUGCUGAUAAGCAUAACAUUAGACUUUGCUAUAAAGGUAAGUUAUUUCAUGUUCGCGUGAAAAACUAGUUAUGGUCGUUCAAGAUUUAGAUAUUUUCAUUUGUGCAAUCUCGUGCCCGGCUCUUUUUAUAACAAAUUUCGUUAACCUUAAUUCGUCUUUUAUUUUCUUCAAAAUUUCUCAUCGUUCGGCAUUAAUAUAUAAUCAUUCAAUAUUUUUGAAGAUGAUAUGUUUCAUCUUAAAAUAUCGUUACAUGUUUCUUUUUUUACCAUUUUGAAGCCAUUGAAUGUAAAUAUGAUGUUCACUAUUGAUAGAGGUCAGCAGCUAAUAACAAAUAUUUUUUUUCGGUAGAAGUCAAAUUAACAUAAAUUUAUGUUAUCCUUAUUCAUGAUAAAAUCUAGGGAAAUUGGAUCAGCGAUUAACGUGUCGUUCUAUAAAUGAUAUAAUCUUAGUAUAAUUGAAGCGGAAUAAUUAUAAUAGACUAAAAUUAACAAAACGUAACUUAUUUAACAUUAUUAGUAUAUCACGUUAUUAGUCUUUGUUAGAUUUUCUUUUCUCACAAUGUUAGAAUAGUGCUGUGCCGUGUGGUGAACUUUGAGACGCUCAAUAUAAUACUGCUGUCAGUAGCUCACAAUAAUUUCGAAAUACGUUUCGAAUUUUAUAAAUUUUCAAAUAUAAAAAAAAUUACACGAGCAUGUUUUAUCCUUCUGUUAAUAUAAAAUCUAGUUUUCGUAGUGGUUCUACAUGCGAAGACGUUUACCAUAAAAAAUUCGAUUGUACCAUCAUUAACUGUUAAAAAUGUUUCCUAAAAUGACGUGCAUUGUAUUUGAAGAAAGAAAAGAUGCUUCCAUUUUCUAAGUAGGUUUUGUCAUUCAUUUAAUAGUGUCAGAACUUCAUUAAUGGAAAUGCUAUCAUCAUACUACUGUUGGAAAAAGUCUUUGCGUUUGAGAUAUACAAGAUCUAGUAUAAUAUAACGUAAUAGGUAUAACUACUGAAAAUGUUCACACAAAAAAUACAUUGAGGAAUUAUUAUUUUCCAUUACAGUUAAAAAUUUAUAUUUUCCUAUUCUUAUGUAUAAUUCUGAAAUAUGCUUAGAAGACUUCGAAUGGACAAUUCUUCAAAUGUUACGAUAGUUUCUAGUUGAGUUUAUGGCGUUUGAUGACUUCUCAAAGUGAAAUCAUAAUAUGGCCUUUGGACAUUGCAUUGUGAUGUAAAAUUAAGUCUAAAGAGAGAACAGCACAAGGCUCGCACUUGAGAAAGAAAAAACCAUAUCUUUUUAUAAAGUAUCGAUAAAGAUUAGCUUAGGCUUAACAGCAUAUAAUUGUGAAUGGAAAAAAUCCUAAGGAUAUGAAAGAACUUUAAGUACAACCUUGUAGCAUGAUCACUCUAUAUUUUAAUACAGUAUAGCGAUUGUGAAAAAUCAUGCGCGUUAUGGGAUCACAAAUUAUUGGCUCGAUAAACUUAGAAAUAUUAAAGAGCAUCGCGACAAGAAAAACAUUUUUUUUUAUGAAGAACCAAGAAUUUAUCGACAAGAAUCAUCGUGGCUUAUCGACCUCAUCGUUGUCAUCGAAUCGAAUUAGAUGCCUCGUCAUCAGGAAUGAUCUUCAACAAGAGAGACCCCGAUCAGCGUCUGCGCAGCGGCUCACUAGAGAAUUUGGAACUUUAAAAGAAUUAUGUACUCCGCUGCAUCAAGUUAUUAUUACUGACUGUUGACGAUAGAUGCGAGAGACUUGAGUGUCUUGUGUUUUCGCACUCCCAUUUCUUGGGAUAAAAACCUUGAAUCGGGAUUGGAGCAGUCUAUCGAGAACGAAGGAAUCAUCAAUGACUAUUACUGGAUGGUGAUUCCUAGGAGACGGUUGCCGCAUUAGAUGGCGAAGAUCCAGUAAUGUUGGAAAUUAAUCGUCUACCUGUAUUUUCAUGGAGAGCAGAAGUGCACCAGCUCUGACUGUCUUACGAAAUGGAGUUGUGUUGUAUAAACAACCCCCUAGAGCAUAUGUACAGCUGAACAUUUGCAUAGAUGCAGAGUCCUGAUUGUCGUAUGCUGCACGGCACUGCAGCAGAGUGGGAAGGUGAAAGGAUAAUUUGGCAAAGAUAAAAAGACGAAUUAAACUCCGUCUCUUCAGUUCGCGGGAUUUGAGUCCGGGUGAAUUAACGGAGAAUCGAUAUAAUUAUCAAUGUCAAAAGGGAGGCCGAAUAAUUUGUGCUCGUGUAACGCGUAUGAGAUAAGGUCUAUUACGCUGAUAGGGCUAGGUAUAUCUGAUAAUCGAUUUUUUUUUUCAUUUAACACUCGUUUACAUUUAUGUCUUUUUUCCUGUUUUAAUGUGACUCAAACCUACGUCUAAGAUGAAUGCGUGAUUGAAUGAUUUAGAAAUACGAACAUUGUGCGAUUGUGAAACAAAUUACGGUAAUGCUGGAAUCAAAUGCAUGCAUGAAGACUAUUUUUAAGUGAUGUGAAUAAACUAAAUGAAAGAACUUAAUUCCAUGCAUUCAUUCGAAUUUCGGUCGCGACAAUAGCUGUACCGUGAUUUGUUGAUCAUGAAACAAAAAAAAAUUGUACGCGCAUCUAAGCGACCAUGUAAAUAUUCUUGUAUUUGCGUACAUACAUUGAGCACAUUUGAUUGUAUAAAUGAUAAGUGACGUUAUAUAUUAUGUAAAUAUAUAUAAAGGAAGAUAGAAAAAAAGUUAAGUAACAUUUCAAUGGAAGGCAACUUGAUUGUGGAUUGUAAACUAUAAAAAAAAUAAAAUAAUGAGGGACGAAAUACAUACGAUUUUGGAAUA